AUACCACGUCAGCGGCAAUCUCGAUGCAUCUCUUUCUCCUUUUAUACCUACCCUCUCGUUGCCCUCAUCAUUUCCGUUCUUCCUACCUCCAACAGAAACGAAAAAAAAAAACUCUCUUUUCCCUCAUCAAGAUGUCCGCUUUCUGUGGAAAAUACCAUGAUGAACUCAUUGCCAAUGCUGCCUAUAUUGGCACUCCUGGGAAGGGAAUUCUUGCAGCCGAUGAAUCCACUGGCACAAUCGGCAAGCGCCUUGCGAGCAUCAAUGUCGAGAACGUUGAGUCCAACCGCCGGACCCUCCGUGAGCUUCUUUUCUGUACCCCUGGCGCUCUCCAAUACCUCAGCGGCGUGAUUCUCUUUGAGGAGACCCUCUAUCAGAAGACUGCCUCUGGCAAGCCCUUUGUCGAUGUACUCAAGGAAGGCGGUGUCCUGCCUGGCAUCAAGGUUGACAAGGGCACUGUUGAGCUUGCGGGCACCAACGGAGAGACUACCACACAAGGCCUCGAUGGCCUUGCCCAGCGCUGCCAGCAGUACUAUGCAGCAGGUGCCAGGUUUGCCAAGUGGCGGGCUGUGCUCAAGAUUGGCCCCAACGAGCCAUCCCAGUUGGCCAUCAAUGAGAAUGCCAAUGGGUUGGCCCGGUAUGCCAUCAUAUGCCAAGAGAAUGGCCUGGUUCCAAUUGUCGAGCCGGAGAUCCUGGUUGAUGGGUCCCAUGACAUUGAACGCUGUGCCGAUGUGACAGAGCGGGUGUUGGCAGCGUGCUACAAGGCACUGAACGACCACCAUGUGCUGCUGGAGGGGACGCUGCUGAAGCCAAACAUGGUGACACCUGGCUCGGAUGCGAAGAAGGUGGCACCAGAGGUUGUAGCAGGGUACACAGUGCAGGCACUGCAGAGGACGAUGCCAGCGGCUGUCCCGGCAGUUGUCUUCCUGUCAGGAGGGCAGAGUGAGGAGGAGGCGACCUUGAACCUGAAUGCGAUGAACAAGCUAAAGGGGAAGAAGCCGUGGUCACUCUCAUUCUCAUUCGGGAGGGCCCUGCAGCAGAGUACCCUGAAGACGUGGGCAGGGAAGGAGGAGAAUGUGCAGAAGGCUCAGGCGGCCUUCCUGUCGAGGUGCAAGGCGAACUCAGAGGCAACACUGGGUACAUACAAGGGUGAUGCUGCGAAGGGUGAGGGGGUAUCUGAGAACCUCCAUGUCAAGGACUACAAGUACUGAUUUCUUCUCCUUUCCAUUCCUGUUAGUGUUAGAAGGGGAAAUGAGAGACAGAUCUCCUUGUUGAGUUGGAGCAUAUAUGGAUUUAGUAGUGGAAUAAGCUUUUGGAUGGGAAAGGCAUGGUGGGCAUAUGAGCCAUUUCUACCCUUCCCUUAGAUUGGGAUUUGCCCUUUUUGAGGUUGGUUUCGUUUUUUUCACCCUGACUUUUUUUUUUAUAACUAUUUUUCUACUGAGCUUUUUAGGGGAAGGCUGUCUUCCUGAA